CAAUAAGUGCACUGGGGGAGAUGAGGAGCCUAUGAGGAACUCCACAUAGACAGUAACCAGGAUUGAACCAGAGACCCUGGAGCUGUAAGAAGACCUCCCAGGGGAUCAGCAGUUUCUGAAAUACCAGAACAUCUGGCACUAACAACCAUGCCACGAUUAAAGUAAUAGAGAUCACAUUUGUCCCCAUUCUGAUGUUUUAUGUGAAUGUUAACUGAAGCUCUUGACCUGUAUCUGCAUGAUUCUGUGUGUGUGUGUGUGUGUGUGUGUGUUGCAGAAACUGCAUAAAAGCCAUGUUAUUUUCCUCAAGCGCCCAAAUAGCAGAAUAUCCAUAUUCGUGAAAAGAUUGUUAAUUGUAGCCGAGUAAUUAAGGCAUACUUGCUUUUGAUGAAUGUUUUCUCUCUCAUGUGUGUCCAGUGAUCUCCUUGACUCCUGGCCAGAUGUUCCAUAUCACUUUGUUCAGCAGUGGGAAGACCAUGAAGCUCGUAUAAAUAGAGUAAAAGGCAAUGCGCAGGGGCAGGACAAGUCAGUGGCUCUCGCACACCAGCAAGGGCAACACCACGCUUGUCGUUUCGACUCGUAUUUAUUUCUGCGUCUGUGAUCAGUCCAGGAGGCUUCACUGCGCUGGGAACAGAGAUGAAACUCGUCGUGUUGUGCGUCGUGGUCGUCCAGGUUCAUGCAGUGCUGCUCAUGGUCGAGGAAGAGCGCCGAGUAUCACCAACCCACCAUAUCUUCCGUCAAACAGCAGAUCUCUGGAAUCCUGAAAAACAUCAAACGCUGUUUGCCCGAAGGGGACUCGCAGAAUAUGAAAGAUCACAAGCAAUGAAACCGCUUAAUGAUCCAGUGUUGAAAGCCCCUCGCUGUUCCAGACUGAAAGAGAACUGUGCUCCUGAUUCACACUCGCACUGCUGUGACCCUUGUGCUUCCUGCCACUGCCGCUUCUUCAAUGCCAUUUGCCGCUGCUGGAGACUGGGCCGUCCAUGUCAGAGAAAAACUUAAGAUAGACGCAGAUAAAUCAAUGUAUCGUGGUUUAUGGAUGGUUAAAUAAUCAUAAUAGUUCCUUAGAUUUACAGUUGCAAUCAAAAUUUUUCAACCCCCAUUGUAAAUCAGGUUUAUUGUCAAAAUGUACGGACUUUCAGCUGUUUGUGAUGAACAAAUCAAACAAAAGCAAUUGAAAUAGUUCAAGACAAUGAAUGCUUCAAGUGGUUUCCCCAAAUUCAUCUGAAAAUGCAACUUAUAAUGACUUCUCUAGACUUAAAAUUAUUCAACCCCUUCAUGGCAAACAUCUUCAGUACUUAGUAGAGCACGCUUUUACUGUUACGACCUGCUGCAAACGAGAUGCAGAGCUUCUGGCAGCGUUCCUGAGGAAUCUUGGCCCAUUCCUCAUGAGCAAUGGCCUCCAGUUCAGUAAUGUUCUUGGGUUUGUGUGCUGCAACGCCUUCUUCAAAUCCCACCAGAGAUUUUCUAGGGGGUUCAAGUCAGGUGACUGUGAUGCCCCUGUAGAAUCUUCCAGAACUUCUUCUGUAACCAAGCCUUGGUGGAAUUUGAGGUAUGCUUGGGAUCAUUGUCCUGGUGGAAUGUCCAAUGACGCCCAAGCUUCAGCUUCCUCACACACGGCAUGACGUUUUCUCUUAGGAUUUCCUGAUACUUCAAUGAAUCCAUCUCGCCUU